AUGAAAUAACCUGAAUAUAAAUGUACAGAAAAGCUAUGGAAGCCGAUAGUUAGACCGCCAAGACACAAUUACCGUUUAAAAGAUAUGGGGAAUGAAAUAUUUAUGGUUCAGGACACUGUGGUUAAACGAAUAGACUUUGAAAUUGUCAACAGUCGCGGACUAACUCUUCAGUGCAGGUAACUUCAAUGACAUUGCUUAGUUUAUUUGAGCCUGUAAGAAUGUAAGACAAGCCCCAUCCCUGCAUGAUUUAUUUACAUGGGAACUCCAGCAGUAGAGUGGAGUCUCUAACAAUACUUGAAUAUUUACUUCCUUAGAACAUUUCAGUUUGCGGAAUUGAUUUGUCAGGUAAUCAAAUAUUAGAUCUUAGGUUCUGGCUAAUCCUAAGGAGAGUACAUUUCAUUAGGAUUCUAUGAAUCAAGAGAUGUAAAUGAUCUCUAUAAUUAUUUACGUUCAAAUAAAGUAAGUUAACUUCAUUAUUAAAAGUUGCUUAGCCAUUUAUCACUUAAAUCGGUUUGUGGGGUAGAUCCAUGGGUUCGGUCACAGCCAUCAUAGCAGCUAGUUUGAAUUCUAACUUCAAAAUGCUUGUUUGUGAUAGUCCCUUUUCAAAUUUAACUCAUUUAUGUUAGGAAUUGGCUUCUAAUACUUAUAGCAUUCCAGGAUGCUGCUUCAAUUGCUUUUGGUGUUUUGUCAAAUCUAAAAUAAGAAAGGAAGCCAAAUUUAAUAUUGAUGAUUUGAAUAUCAUUCAAAUAAUACAAAGUUUUAAAAUAGAAUUAUUUUAUAGCUUUAUCAACUGAUGUUGCUAUUGUCUUUCUAUCAGCUAAAGGUGAUACCCUCAUUAGAGAAAAACACCCUAAACUUUUAUCAGAAAGGUUUCGAGGAAUUAAGGAAUUAAUUUAGUUUGAAGGUACCCACAAUUCCAAAAGGCCAGUCGAAGUUAUGAAAGGCACAGUCUAAUUCAUAGUUGCUUAAAUGGAAAAACAUGAUUAACACACUUGUUUAAAAGAUACCAAGAUUUCAUUAAAUGGUAAGGAUUAGAUUCCAAUUACUGAUGUUGGAGUUCCUCUAUUAUAUUCUGAAAGACCAUACAUAUCUAAAACAGAAAAAUGA